GUUAUAAUAAGACAGGGAAGCAGAUGGACAUAUUUAUACCUCCACUGAUAACCAGGCAGGCUGCACCUCCCAUAAACAUGGUGCUUUAAGACAACAGAGGAAAAAGAAAAGCACUGAGACUCUGCUGGGAAAAGAUCUGCAUUUCAGAAAGGCUACAGUUUCAACAGGGCAGAUCAGAAGACAGAAAUCUGAAAUCUUUGUGCUGAUUAGAAACACACAAGAACAACUUUUGAAUCUACCACGGCAAACAACUAAAGAAGACAGUGAGGGAGUGAACUCUGAAAAACUGAGGAAAAUCUAAACUGUGACAAGACAAAGAAGAGCAGUCAUGCCAGGCUCAGGAGGAGCAGACCCGAAGGGAGAAGAUUACUCCACUGCUAUCCUGAAGCAGAAACACAGACCGAACAGACUCAUUGUGGAUGAAGCUGUCAGUGAAGACAGCAGCAUUGUCAGCCUAUCACAGCAAAAGACAGAGGAGCUGCAGCUUUUCCGGGGGGACACUGUGGUGCUGAGAGGCCGGAAACGACGGCAAACAGUGUGCAUCGUCCUGACGGAUGACACCUGUGGAGAUGAACGGAUUCGGAUGAACCGUGUGACGCGCAACAACCUGCGUGUACGGCUUGGUGAUGUCAUCAGUAUCCAUGCAUGCCCUGAUAUCAAGUAUGGGAAGAAGAUCCAUGUGCUCCCCAUAGAUGACACCAUUGAAGGCCUAUCAGGGAACCUCUUUGAGGUUUUCCUCAAGCCGUACUUUCUGGAGGCUUACCGGCCUGUACACAAAGGUGACAUCUUUUUGGUAAGGGGAAGCAUGCGAGCAGUGGAGUUCAAGGUGGUGGAGACGGACCCCAGCCCUCACUGCAUCGUUGCUCCCGACACAGUCAUCUACUGUGAGGGAGAGCCAAUCAAAAGAGAGGAUGAAGAGGAGAGUCUCAAUGACAUUGGCUAUGAUGACAUUGGAGGCUGUCGGAAGCAGCUGGCCCAGAUCAAAGAGAUGGUGGAGCUUCCUCUCAGACACCCGGGACUGUUUAAGGCUAUCGGAGUUAAGCCUCCCAGAGGUAUCCUGUUGUACGGCCCUGCAGGAACAGGAAAGACCCUGGUGGCCCGAGCUGUAGCCAAUGAAACCGGUGCUUUUUUUUUCCUCAUCAAUGGUCCUGAGAUUAUGAGUAAGCUGGCAGGAGAGUCAGAAAGCAACCUAAGGAAGGCAUUUGAGGAGGCGGAGAACAACGCUCCCGCCAUCAUCUUCAUCGAUGAGCUGGAUGCCAUCGCUCCCAAGAGGGAGAAGACUCAUGGUGAGGUGGAGAGGCGUAUAGUGUCCCAGCUCCUGACCCUGAUGGAUGGCUUGAAGCAAAGAGCUCAUGUGAUUGUCAUGGCUGCAACAAACCGACCAAACAGCGUGGACUCGGCUCUGAGACGCUUUGGCAGGUUUGACCGUGAGAUUGAUAUUGGAAUCCCAGAUUCGACUGGUAGACUGGAGAUCCUGCAGAUCCACACCAAAAACAUGAAACUGGCUGAUGACGUCGACCUGGAGAGGAUUGCUACAGAGACCCACGGCCAUGUGGGUGCUGACCUGGCUGCUUUGUGCUCAGAAGCUGCUCUGCAAGCCAUCCGCAAGAAGAUGACCCUCAUUGAUCUGGAGGAUGAAACCAUCGAUGCUGACCUGCUCAACUCAAUGGCUGUCACCAUGGAUGACUUCCAGUGGGCUUUGAGUCAGAGCAACCCAUCAGCUCUGAGAGAGACGGUUGCAGAGGUGCCUCAGGUCAACUGGGAGGACAUUGGUGGACUGGACGAGGUCAAGAGAGAGCUGCAAGAGCUUGUCCAGUAUCCUGUUGAGUAUCCUGAUAAAUUCCUCAAGUUUGGAAUGACCCCAUCUCGUGGAGUUUUGUUCUACGGCCCUCCAGGCUGUGGGAAAACCCUGCUGGCUAAGGCCAUUGCCAAUGAAUGCCAAGCUAACUUUGUCUCAAUCAAAGGACCUGAGAUGCUCACCAUGUGGUUUGGAGAAUCAGAAGCAAACGUCAGGGAUGUGUUUGAUAAGGCCAGACAAGCAGCCCCCUGCAUCUUGUUUUUCGAUGAGCUAGACUCCAUUGCCAAAUCUAGAGGUGGUGGGGCAGGGGAUGCGGGUGGUGCCGCUGACAGAGUCAUCAACCAGAUACUCACAGAGAUGGACGGCAUGUCCGACAAAAAGAACGUUUUCAUCAUCGGUGCCACAAACAGGCCAGACAUCAUAGACCCAGCCAUCCUGCGGCCGGGUCGUCUGGAUCAGCUCAUCUACAUCCCGUUGCCUGAUAGACCAUCUCGCACGGCGAUUCUUAAAGCCAACCUACGCAAAUCCCCUGUUGCACGAGAUGUGGAUCUUGAAUACCUUUCUGGCAUCACAGAGGGAUUUUCUGGAGCUGACCUGACAGAGAUCUGUCAGCGGGCCUGCAAGCUGGCCAUCCGUGAGGCAAUAGAGGCCGAGAUCAAGGCUGAGCGUCAGAGGCAGAGCAGACCAGGCAUCCCCAUGGAUGAGGACUUUGAUCCAGUCCCAGAGAUCAGGAAGGACCACUUUGAAGAGGCGAUGCGAUUUGCUCGUCGCUCCGUUAGUGAUAAUGACAUCCGCAAAUAUGAGAUGUUUGCUCAAACUCUGCAGCAGAGCCGAGGUUUUGGAAACUUCAGAUUUCCUUCUGCUUCUGGUUCCCAGUCUGGAAAUCAAGGCUCUGGGUCAGGGAGGCCAAGUCAGUACAGAGAUGAAGGCGAUGAUGAUCUCUAUCAGUGACAAAAACUGCACUCAGCUGCUGCGCACUGCCUCUGGAAUGAGACAGAUGAAUAAAGGAAGUAGAAACUUCAAAAUAAUAGUAAAAAAAGUAAAUAAAAAAAAAAAUGGGAAUCAUAAGGACCCCUUUGAAAAACAAGUAUUGAAAAUUGUAUCAAGAUGAAUAAAACAAAAGAUUGAAUAAAAUAGCUUUUGUGUAAAAACAGUAAAAAAACAAAACAAAAAACAAUAAAAUAAAAAAUAAGAAGGUUCUUCAUGUAGUCCUCUGAAAAGCUAAAUACACCUCUUAAUUCAUUAGCUUGUUGAACCGCCUUUAGCAGCUUGAGGUAAUCGUAUAUUUUCUGUAUAACUUCAUCAGUCUUUCACAUCAUUGUAGAGGAUGUGCUGACAUUUGGUAUUGUGUGUUUGAGUCAAUAUGUUGUGUUUGGUCUUUGCCAAAUUUUUGCUGGCACAUCCACUCCUGGGAAGAUUGUUGCAUUGUGUUAACACACACCUGAAUGCUCCAGACCACCAAAAUAAUAUUUGUCUUACUGAGAAAACUUCUGCUUUUACUGAGGGGCUCACACUUUGUAAUGAUAAACUAAUCAAGUGCAUUUGAUUAGCAGCACCUGGCUGCUGUUUAUCCUGUCCAUGGAAGCAGUAAAGGUAUACUUAGUUUUUCACAGGACUGCAGAGUCCUAUGGAAACUUCCUUUUUCACAUGAAUGUAUAAAAAAAUAAUCUUGUGACCCUACUAACAUACACUGUAAAACCUUGUCACUAUGAGCAGUUUGCACUUUAAAAUUGGUGUGUGUAUGAGUUGAGAAAUGAAUAAAAAC